AAUUCAAACAAAGCAUGUGAUUGGAUAAAAAUUGAUCAGCGUCCGAGCGAGGCAAACACGUAAAGUAUUAGAAGAAGUUACAUCAGAAACUUUUACUGAUUUCUAAGAAACUGUUCAUCAUAAAACAACCUCGGAGUGGAUUAACCUAGAAAAAGGAAAAAUGAAGCUGUAUUCGGCCGGACUAGCUAUAGCAUUAUUCACUAGCAGUUAUUGUUCAGCUCUUCCUCCAAAUAAAGAACAACACAAAGAUCGAGUCCAUGAACAGAAACUGAGUGAAAAGCAACAUGAAGUUGAAGGAGAGCACAACAAUGACUAUGAUCAUGAUGCCUUUCUUGGUCAGAAAGAGGCCAGAGAUUUUGAUCAACUUACUCCUGAAGAGAGCAAGGAAAAACUCGGUUUCAUUGUUGACAAGAUAGACAGAAAUCACGAUGCGUUCAUCACGGAGGAUGAGUUACAACAUUGGAUACAGUAUGUACAAAAGAAGUAUAUUAUUGAAGAUACAGAGAGAAUGUGGAAGGAACAUGAAGUUGGAGAUGGUAAAUUGACCUGGGAAUCAUACAGACAACGUACUUAUGGCUAUGAACAUGACCCAGAAGAAGCAGAAGACUUUGCCAACAUGGUUAAGAGAGACGAGCGUAAAUUUGCUCAAGCUGAUGAAGAUCAUAAUGGAGAACUUACAAAAGAAGAAUUUGCAGCCUUUUUACAUCCUGAGGAGCAUGAACACAUGAAAGAUAUAGUGGUUUUAGAAACUAUGGAAGAUAUAGAUAAAGACAAGGAUGGUAAAAUCAGUUUAGACGAAUAUAUAGCUGACAUUUACGAUGAGGAAGAUGAUGAUGAGGACGAUGAUGAUGAAGACAGUGAUAAAGAUGGGGUACCUGAUUGGGUAGCGUCAGAAAAAGAUCAGUUCAAGCAUUUCCGUGACAAGGAUCAGGAUGGUUAUCUUAACUUGGAAGAAGUUCGAGCUUGGGUUAUACCUGAUGAUUAUGAUAAUAGCUUAGAAGAAACGAAACAUUUAUUCCGGGAAUCAGAUGAAGACCGGGUUGGUGAUAUGUGGCCAAAUAAAGACGAGGAUGAACCAGAGUGGGUAAAGGGCGAGAGAGAACAGUUCUCUAGUUAUCGCGAUACUAAUGGAGACGGUUUCAUGGACAAAGAUGAAGUGAAAAACUGGAUAAUUCCACCAAAUUAUGAUCAUUCCGAAGCUGAGGCUAAACAUUUAAUCUAUGAAACUGAUGAAAAUAAGGAUGGUGUACUCACUAAGCAAGAGAUUCUGGACAAGUACGAUAUAUUUGUUGGAAGCCAAGCAACUGACUUCGGUGAUGCACUCACCCGCCAUGAUGAAUUUUAAUGCCGUCCAUGCAUAGAAACAUAAGCAUUUUAUUGCCAGUAGAAAAUAUAUAAGUUGAUGUGUAUUUUUGCAGUAUAUAAUUAUAUAACAGUUGUGUAUUUUGAUAAUGUAAUUGUGUCAUACUGCAUAUAUAGCAAUUCUGUGUGUGAGUGUUAAGAUACAUGUUUAUGUGUGUGUUUUAUGGCAGCGAUGUAAUGUUUUUGAAGGAAUGGGUUUCAUUGAAGCCAUAGCCACUUAAAAGUUAUAUUUAAAAAGGGAGAAAAUUAAUUUUUUCUGAUAUUUUUUUUUGUUGAAAUAUCACACUAUUAAAAACCGUAAGCGAGUGUUAUUGCAUAUUUUUACAUUUAAGUACAAAAAAAAUGUUAUUAGGCCUGUUUAAAUUGGGGUUGAAAUUGUUAUGACAACCUACAGUAGUUUUGAUAAAAUAAUAUAAUGAAGUUAUAAAUAGGAUAUCACAUUUCUUAGAAUCAUGUAAUAAAUUAGUGUGUUUAGAAGCGUUUCUAUAAGAAUGUUGAGAAUUUUUAACAUAUUCAGUUUGUACAGUUUGUAUGCUUAUAUACAGUGCAUUUUCACAUGUUAUGAAUCAAAAUGAAUUGAGAUAUUUUCUAAUGAGAUUGUUAUAGAUGGUCUGUGGUACUAAUCAUAGUUCGGAGACCAGUCACAGAAUUUAAUUACGCCAUUGGUCUUCAGAAUCAACCAAUCAGAUGCUAGAGGUUUUAGACUGGUCUUAAAACUAGGUUUUGUAAAUCAUAGACUGUGUUUUUAUGUAGUUUUAGAAUUUCUAGUCUGUACAUACAUGCUUACAUCUUAGUGCCACAAAAAGAACAGGGAAAUAGUUGUUGCAUAAUAUCAUGAAUACAGGGAUCCAAAAUUGAUAUUUAAGGUUUUUUCCAGUGACUCGAACCAAGCCAUUGUGUCUUAAGGUAAUUAAUCUUUUACUGUGAACAGCACAGUUGUUUACAUGAAAAAUGGUGAGAGUUCUGGAAUAUGGUUUGUUUUGUGAACCUCCCAAAAUGAAAUUAAAUAUCCUUACCUGGCUCCCGAGUAGAAGCUUAUAGCAGAUUUUUGUCUGACUUAAAAGAGAUCAUUUAACAUGUUAAAAGUAAAACAGAUGUUUAAAAUACAGUUGAAAUUGCUUUAGUGGCCACCUGUAUUAUGCAGCAGUUUGUUUGCUGACUACUCUGAUAGACUUUUACAGCCAUCUGCCUUAAACAGCCAGAUUGUGCUGUAACGUUGGCCUGCUGUUGAAUACAGGUUUGAUGUUGGUUUUAAUCCACUAGUCACUUGCUGAAGAUAAAAAGUAUUGGCAUAGUAUUGCUUGGCUUCACAGAAUAUUCUUCCAUUAUUUAACAGAGUUUCGCUAGUGUACAAGAAUGUUGCGCUAAAAUUAAAAAGCAUAAUACAUGUACAGCGUUGUUACUUACAUUUAAGAAUUUCAGUAUAAAAUGAACAAAAUAUACAUUAUCUGUAUGUUGGGAGAUAUGUAUGUAUAAGAUUUGUUUUUUGACUGCUGUAUAUGUUUUGAAAAGUAAAUGUGUCCAAGGUUUUUGAGGAUAAAUGGUCACAAAUUGUAAAGAUUUUGGAAAUUUUUGUCAUAAUUUUGUAAUGAUGAAAUUAGCAGACCUCAAGGGAUAGUGAUAUAUGAUACAGAUAUUUUUGUUCGUUGUUUUUGUAUUGUAUGUUUAGUAGGUUAAGCAUUUUGUUUGUAGAAAGCAUUUUAGCUUUGCUAAGUUAUAUCAGUCUAGCUUCAUGUAUUCUGCUGAGAAAGAAAUGUUGAGCAUACUAAAAUUGUUUGUCAGUGUGCCUCAAGUUUUAAAAUUAGAAUUUUGAAACCAGUCGCAGAAUGCAAUCCUGUCAUUGGAUGAUUUCGAAUUUGCACUCAGAAUCAUCCAAUCAGAUGUUUGUAGUCAUAAACUGGUAUCUAAUUCAGCUUUUUAACUUAGGACCAAUUUUACAUGUGUUAUCUGUGUUAAUAUUUUGUAAAGUAAUUAACCUUAGGUGCCAAACGUUUUCAGAUAUGUCAAAGUGCGAAUCAUGGAUAUGGUGCAAAAUUUGUCUAUCCACUGAAAGGUGUGAAAUUCAGUUUCAAAACUUGGAAUGAAGUUCAGUAUGUUAUACAUACAGCUUGUUUGGAAGAUAGACCCAAUUUGCUCUCAUGUCUUUGUAAUGUUAUAGUGCAUAUAUAAAAUUAUGUGUUAGUUUUUUUAUUGUAUUUUUUUUUUAAAAACCUGAUUUUAUGGUAUUUUUAUACAACAGCAAAGUAAGCAAUAGUUUUUUCCUACAACUAUCACUUAAUUUUUGUUUUAAUUAAGUAUUUUGAUAAUUUAAAACAUUGGACAUAUCAUAUGAAAAAUGCUGACUAGUCAAAAAUUGAGUAAUGGUCAUAUUCUUCCAUGUAAUUUAUAUUAACUCUCAUAAUCAUUGAAUGUAAUCAUUUUGUCAUGCAUACAAUUUUUAUGGUUUAACAAGAUUAGUGUGUUCACUAACUGGAAAUACACAUGAGUUUUCUUGCUUUCCUGAGAAAAGCUGCAGAACUGACAGCUGUAGACUCGGUGAUAAGUUGGUCACUGAAGGAACUUGUCUUGUGGAUUACUAUCAAAAUCCAAAUUUUGGAAGUUAGUAACUGUAAAUAAAACAUUGAAACAAACUAAAAUUUUGACUUCUAGGCUAAAUUUAUUUAUGAAAACAUUUUUGCAGUCUGAAAAUAUGCUGAAGAGUUGUCUGCUGUGUUAGUCACACAGUAAAAAUCUUAUUUUUAUAGGAGGCAUUUAUCUGAACUUAAAUCACUCUAAAAAUGUCAAAUAUUUCUGUUUUACGAUUUUUUCUGUUUUGAAAAUUUCAGUAUUGUGGUGUAUAUGCAAGGCAAGUACCUUCAAUGAUAAGGGGAAAAAACAAUGUUAAUUUCGUGCUAAUAUUUAGCAAGAGAAGUUUUUUUCUCAGUGUCGCAUUAGAUUCUGAAGAAGCUUUUAAAAGGAAAUUGUAGAAAAAGUUUAGAAAAACGGUGCUUUUCAUGUGUCAUUAGAUUAACAAUCACUGCAUCUGUCAAUAUUUCAAGUUCCUUGAAUGACUGUGUAAUCUAUUAUAGUUUGUUAUCUUGCAUAGGCAUUGUUUGCUGGUGAUACUUUUUCAUAACAUGGUUCUUUUAACCACUUUGAAAACACGUUACAUACACAAUCUUAAAAUUUCUUUUGUUUUUGGUAAAAUUGUGCAUUAACUGGUAUCUUUCUUACCUGUUUUCACUGUCAGUAUUGUUAUCUUUAUAACUUCAAAAAACUGAGCAUUCAGAUACCAGGAUUGAAGUAGACUCCUAUAUUAUAACUCAACUUUCGAAUACCAUAAUGUCAGUGGGAUGCCAGACCCAGCUUACGUUGUAGAAAUUCUUGUAUGUUAGACAGCCAUCCAUUAAUUUGGGGAGGGGUACUUGAUCUACCAAGAUACCCACCUGUGUCAGAAAUAAUGACCGCAGGGGCACUGGGGGGUCUUCUUCAACUAUUAAAAAUUUAUUCCAUGGCACUGUUGCUUGGGUAGAAGAAUGUUUUCAUGCAUGGAACUCAUCCAGCUGGCUAAUGAAAGAUUGUUGUCCCUACUUGAACCUAGGGGUCUUCCUCCUCCAUCAGAACAAACACUGAAUACUUGACAGUAUGUGAAUGCAAGUUGUUUUGAAUAGGUUAUAUGAUAUUCACCAUUUAAUUUAGCAUUACCAUUCAGAUAUAUCCUGUAUAGCUAUACUGUAUAUUUAUCUUAUGAAAGAAUUCUCUACAAUUUAUGUCCCCUCACAUUGAAAUGUAUUUCUUCAGCCAUUUGAUAUGUUUUUUAAAAAUAAACUCUCUUUACAAUUUUA